AUGGCUGCGGUGACAUCCCUAGGGCUGCACCAGCCCACGGCAUUGCAGUAUGCCAUCCAGGAGCAGCUGGUCGACGAGAACGCACCCAGCGCCGGCUACACCCUGGAGACCUUCGUGAACCACGAGGGCGACGACACCGGCGAGGACGAGCUCCUCGUGACCGCACAUGCCGUCGUAUGGUCCAGAGGCAACGUCUUCCGCAAAUGUUUUGGCUUCAAGCUGGAGAAGGAGCCCGUAACCCAAGCACUGUUGACCUACUUUCCGAGCUCCGUGCAGUCGUCGCAGCACAGCCCCCGACACGGCUCCCAGUCGAAGCUCUCGCAGGACGGGCGGAUACUGUCCAAGGCCCUGGUCGUCUUCCUCAAGACCCAGGCACACAUCUACUUCCUCGAUGGGACCAGCCACGUCGUCCACAUGCCCUUUGAGGUCGAGGCGGCCGUUGCUGGCCCGCAAGGCGUCAUCAUACAGCGCAAGCAGAGGAAUGAUGUGGGCUAUUCGGCCAGCUUGAAGUUUCCCCGCGUGCCUCCCAACUCGUUCAUCUCGCCUCAGACGUCUCCCGUCUCCGUUCGAACCUCACAGCACUCGACCUUUUCGACCGAGACACUUGGCAGACCCAAGGCACUGCCCUUGAGGUUGAACCAAGCGCUCGACAAUGUGUGGGAAGUCCCGAACGAGAAGGAUGACUCCCACUGGCCGCGCCUUAUAUCGUUGACCGACCCCCUGCUCGAGCUUGGCUUGGUAGUCACCCACUCCGAUGGGAAACCUAAGAAGAAAAGGAGGCAGAGUUCCAAGAAGUCGCCAAGUUUCCUCGACCGUGCCGAAGAGAUCCUCCACAUCGAAGAGAUGCCGAGUCUCCAGUCCGACGCGAACAUGUCCUACGAACCACUGGUCGUUGCCGUUACGAUCAACAGGGAAACCAGCAUGUACACUGUCUGGAAGAUAGCGUACCUCAAGAGAGAAGACCCCUUCCGACCUCCGAAGGCAUCUAAAAAGAAAGGAGACCGGCGUCGGAGUUCUAUGCAACCUGGCCUGGCACCUAGUGGCGUUACCUCUCCCCUCCAGCCAAAUUUCAAGGAAACAUUCGGAACCAGCUUACCAGGGAAACGGUCUCGCAAAAGUGAGAAACAAGAGAAGGCCGACAAGGCUCUUGAAACUCUAGAGUCCUCACUUGGGCUAGAUCAAGAUUCCGGCUCCGGAAGAAGAACCUCCCGCAGGGUAAGCUCGAUGCUUGCAAGAGCGGACUUAUCGGCCUCACAGGAUCGGACGGCAUUUGGCGAUCAACCUCAAGUAACGAAUCAUCCUGCUGGGCGUAGAGAUACCUCCCAUGGAAGUUCUCGGGCUCGAACUAGUGCUGCUUUUGCUGGCAGCUUUAAUGCAGCCCCACCAGGUGCCAGCUCCCUGGGCAGUUUUCUCGAGGCGCCCGUGGACAAUCUUUUGGAAGAACUGCGCGCUGGGGGCGAUUUCGAAGGGUUCCAUAGCAUGGGCUUGGAUGAUCACGAUUUCGACGGCCUCACUCAAGAGAUACUGUUCACCAAGAUUCACAGUAUUUCCGUGGACAACAGCAAUGUACGGUAUUCCCUCUCCAAGACGCCAGCACGGUCACAAUGCAAAGUCUUCUGCCUUCCAGGGCCACAGUCUGUUGUGGAUGAGCGAAAUCGCCAUCAAGUCGUCAUUGGUAUACAAGACUCGAUGGAAAAGCGUCUCCAGCUUUUGAUACUCCAUCUGCAGACAAGCAUCAAGCCCUCGUCCAGUCCUGGGUCAAACACCGUUGUCACGUUUGGGCAAUUACGGAAGGCACAUAACGUCAUUGAUUCCUGUAAGCUCGUUGAUGGCAACGUGGCAAUGAUCCUUGUGCUAUCGGAGUCAGUUGACGGUACCCGCGAGCUUAGCCUGCAGGCGCCUUGGAGCGAACUUACAUCUAUCAACCUUCCUUCAAAGCUCCUGCUUUCAAACACGCGAGGCCUGGACGAUCGGGGAAGCCUUCUUGUACGAGAAGUGGGAAUAGGGAGGGCCAUAACUCCCGUCGUCGGAGAGCUUGCGGCUCUGUGCCAUCCCAAACUGAAUGGAGUCGUCAGCAUCUUCGAUGGAGAAAGCCAGCAAGUCCAUCAAGUUCGCAUUCAGCUAAAGCCCACCCGACCACAAGUGACAAAGAUCUUUGAUGCCUUUCGGGCAAUCUUGCCGCCGGCUGUGGGUGAUGUUUUGCUAGCUGGCUGGUGGCACGUGGUGGCAUGGAUACGCCAGGAGCAUGUUGAGGUUGCUGACAUUGAGUGGUCCGCUAUGGCAAUUCAGCUCUUCACAAUUUUCCUUGCCCUAGACACGCAUGUACCUUCGGCAUCUCCAGAUACAUACUCCUCGCCGACUCAUCGGAGAAACCGGAGCCUUCUUAGAUCAAGUAGCGGCGCAUACGUUGAUUUCAAUGAUUGGGAUACGAUGAACGUCUUCGAGACUCCAAACUCUGCAACCCAUCCAUCUUGGAUGGCCGGACGUCCAUGGCAAUGGGUUAUGGAAGAAGAAGAAUUAACAGCGAAUCUGUUCCAGCCGAGCCAAGGGAGACAAGAAGAAAUAGGUUUCCUAGUAUCCCAUAUAAGGCACGCCCAAAGUUUCAUGGCUUCGACGAUGGGCGAUGCAGCUUGUGGUCAGGCCGGAUACUUACCCACGGCUCAGAGCCACACGGAGCAGAGUCGCAUGAAGCAAGCGCAAGACAUUAUGGUUGCAUUACAUCUCUUACUAGAGGAGCAGAAACUCGACAUAACGGCACAGCAUCUCAGUUCGCCGGCAUCAGUCGACCUGGCAAUUCUCGUGCUCCAAAUUACGAAAUGGCUAGACUGGCAUCAGUGGACUCACAAUUACGAACUUGACAUGCCUUUGGACUUUGCAGACUCACAAGCCAAUACGUUGCAGCGCCAUCUGUCGCCAAAACCGGCAGAACCAGCGCUUUGGAGUGUUUUCGAAUGGCUACAAGCCGGUCUGGUUCUCGAAAGCGGACCGCUUGACAUGCCUGUUAUUCUGACUACUGCAUCCGGGAAUGUUUUACCUCGUAUCAAGAUUUUCGGGCGUCUGUUUGAAUGCCUCAGAACGAAGCCUAAAUCGCCCGUGGACUUUGUUGAGGCUAUGUAUGAAAGCGGCAUUACACCUGUGACUCUGGAGUCCUUGCCGGAGGCCAUACUCGUUCCAUUACAAGAUGCGAUAUCUCAGUGCCAAGCACGGCCGCCGCCAGCAUGGCCCAGCAGCUUGCUUCAACUUGUGGAUCGGAGUGAUGUCGACUCGGUUUUGUCGCCCGCAGACGAGUCUCAUCUACGGUCCUCAAACCUAGCGAUGUCAUCGCACCUUGCAACUUGGGACUUCAAUUCUCUAUGCCAGAAUAUCAUGGAUUUCAACGACUCACCUGCUGAUGACAUAGCAGAGAGCGACAAGCAAGCAGUCAUCCGAGCAAUAUUCAAAGAAGAUCGUCGUUUAGAAGAGAUCAGGCUUAUGCUCAACACGACGAAGCCAAGACUUGUGCGCUUAGAACAUCAGUCUGACUGGUCCGAGCCGUUCUACCUGGAACAGCAGAAGGAGCUGGUGACCCGCCUCGCUACCAACACGCUGUCGAUUCCUGCAGGCAGGGGCAUCAUGAAUUAUGGCUUGCGCUUUCCCCUUCUGACUCAGAAAUUUCACAUCAAUGGCUUUGUGCUAAAUUGCACAGUCCGACCAACCAAUGUCACCGUUGGCGUUGACAAAUCUCUCUUUUCGGAAGAGAAGAUUGCGUGGGCCUUCUUUCACUCUGGCGUUGCUGCAGGCCUGUCAAUAUCUCGCCAGGCCAAGGGCAUUGAUACGUCCUGGAUUUUAUACAACAAACCCGGCAACGAUCUCAACAAUCGGCACGCAGGGUUCUUACUUGCCCUUGGUCUCAACGGUCACCUGAAGGGCAUUGCUAAAUGGGUAGCUUUCAAGUAUCUGACACCAAAACAUACAAUGACGUCGAUUGGGCUCCUUCUUGGGCUGGCCGCUUCGUACAUCGGCACAAUGGACUCCUUAAUCACACGCCUUUUGUCGGUACAUGUCACUCGGAUGCUGCCACGAGGUGCAGCAGAAUUGAAUUUAUCUCCUCUGACGCAGACGACUGGAAUUAUGGGCAUUGGCUUGCUAUAUUGCAACAGCCAACAUCGCCGAAUGAGCGAGAUCAUGAUGUCUGAGAUCAAGCAUGUCGAAACCGAAGAUGAGGAAGAGCCACUUCGAAGUGAGUGCUAUAGACUCGCCGCAGGCUUUGCCCUUGGAUUCAUCAAUCUUGGGAAGGGCACAGACCUGAAGGGCCUACACGAUAUGCGAAUCACCGAGCAACUCUUAACACUGGCAUCGUCGAGUAAGAAGGUUGAGUUGGUCCACAUCUUGGACAGAUCCAGCGCCGCCGCUGUUAUGGCAAUUGCCCUGAUCUAUAUGAAAUCCGAAGAUCAUAUAGUAGCUCGAAAGAUCGAUGUUCCCGACGCCCUCUUGCAAUUCGACUACAUCAGGCCCGACAUACUGUUGCUGCGAACUGUGGCUAAACAUCUCAUAUUAUGGUCCGAAAUCAAGCCGACCCAUCAUUGGAUCCGUAAGAAUCUUCCUGCUCGUUACCACUCCCGUGUCAACCCCCCAACACAGCCCUUUGACAACCCAUCCCGUGGCCAGCUCAAUUCCACUCACCUGCCCUUCCUCACCAUACUUGCCGGGCUGUGUUAUGCUGUUGCCUUGCGUUACGCGGGUUCUGGCGACCUACGCGUCCGCGAUUUGUUGCUGGUAUAUCUCCAGCGCUUCUACGGCUACUGUCGUGCUGCAUCGCCCAAGGCAAAUUUCGAUGAUCGGACUGUACACGUCACGGCACGAAUGUGUCUUGACGUGGUUGCACUCUCCACUGCGGCUGUGAUGGCUGGAACUGGUGAUCUUAAAGUCCUGCGGAUACUUCGUUCUCUUCAUGGUCGAAAUGACACCGAAACAACGUAUGGCUCGCACAUGGCGACGCAUAUGGCUAUUGGCGUAUUGUCUCUUGGUUGCGGGACGCAGACUUUCAGCACUUCCAAUAUCGCGAUCGCGUCGCUGUUAGUUGCUUUUUAUCCCGUUUUCCCGGAUCAAGUGCAGGAUAAUAAGAGUCAUCUGCAAGCCUUCCGCCAUUUCUGGGUUCUGGCCACUGACCCCCGUUGCUUGGUUACCAAGGACGUUGCCACGAAUGCCCCUGUCAGCGUACCGGUCACUAUCAGGUUUCAAGAUGGCCGGCCCGAGGAGGCUAGAACCACACCUUGCCUUUUGCCCCCUCUCAGUGACAUCUCCAGCGUCCGCACUGACAGCCCCGAAUUCUGGAACCUCGACCUAGUCUUUACUGGUCCGGAGGGGGGUAAGCUCCUGGAGAAGUUCGUGAGCAACCAAGUCUUGUAUCUACGCAGGCGGCCGGUGGGCGGCAGUCCAUUCUCGGCUACAAUGUUGGCACUCGGUCGCGAAGAUUCUUCCAAUGCACCUGCAGAAGACGCGACGCAACCAUUGGAAUGGUUGUUUGAUUCUGCACCGAGCCUUAACCGCCUGACUCAUACCGAACGGAGUGUGGUUUUAGACAGUGGAGUUGGUGGACCGGACGUGAGUCAUAGCAAAAGCAGCGUGGUUGAUGCCAGACUGGCACUUGAAGCAGGGCUCGACCAUGGGGGAAGGGAUGAUCUACUCGGCAUCAGGGGGCUUUUUGAGUGGUAUGAGUGGAAAGCAAAAAAGACUGGAGGUGGUGGUAACCAAGUCCUAGAGGACACGACCUGGAACAGUGAGGGCUGGUUGAGGGGUAGCAUCGUCGAAGAACUCAAAGGCAAGGUCUGGUUGACUGGCCGCGAGACCGGAUAG